AAACGAACCAAUGGCGUCACAAAUUCCUUGCAACUGCAGACCAAUCAAAACUCGCUUCAAUUUGGAGCUCCAGAUUCGACGGCCAUGGCGAAGACAAGGAGCUUAUCACUUCCUCCCUUUCUCUCGGCCGUUUCAAUCAUUUUCUUCUAUUUCUUUCUAUUGGCCAAUUCCGCACUCAUUUCGGAGCUCCCUGGUUUCUCCGGCUCUUUCCCUUCCAAGCACUACUCCGGGUAUGUGGAGAUCGACGAAAAGCACGGUAGGAAUCUGUUCUACUACUUCGUUGAAUCGGAGAGGAAUCCGAUUGAAGAUCCGGUGGUUCUGUGGCUGAAUGGCGGCCCUGGAUGCUCUAGUUUCGAUGGUUUCGUUUAUGAACACGGGCCAUUUAACUUUGAAGCAGCAAACACAUCGGACGGCCUUCCAAAACUUCAUCUUAAUCCAUACAGCUGGUCGAAGGUGUCCAACAUCAUAUACUUGGAUUCGCCUGCUGGAGUUGGUUUAUCUUAUUCAAAAGAUGAAUCGGAUUAUAAUACUGGUGACGUGAAGACUGCUCUUGAUUCACAUAGAUUUCUCCUUCAGUGGUUUAAGUUGUUCCCGCAGUUCCUGCCUAACCACUUUUACAUUGCUGGAGAGUCAUAUGCAGGAGUAUAUGUGCCAACUCUUGCCACCGAAGUUGUUAAAGGACUUGAGACUGGUGUAAAGCCCAUUCUGAACUUCAAGGGUUACUUGGUUGGAAAUGGAGUUGCAGAUGAUGUGUUUGAUGGAAAUGCUCUUGUUCCAUUUGCACAUGGGAUGGGGCUGAUCUCUGAUGAGCUAUUUCAGGAAGUUGAAAAUACAUGUAAAGGAAACUACUAUGAACCCACUGACAUGGCCUGUGAGGACAAGCUUGCCAGAGUUGACGAGUUGGUUGAUGGCUUAAACGUAUACAACAUUUUGGAACCUUGCUACCAUGCCCCUGAGAAGAUAAAGACCAAAAAUAUCGAGUUGCCGAGCAGCUUCCGAUUGCUUGGCGAGACCGAGAGGCCGCUUGCUGUGAGGAAGAGGAUGUUUGGUCGAGCCUGGCCUCUUAGAGCUCCUGUCAGAGCUGGCAUUGUUCCAAGUUGGUCCCAACUUCUUGGUGACACCGAAGUUCCAUGCACUAACGAUGAAGUUGCAACAGCAUGGUUGAACAAUGAAGCAGUGAGGAAAGCAAUCCAUGCUGACAAGAGUUUGGCAGGCAACUGGGAGCUAUGUACUGAUAAACUUAACUUUGACCACGAUGCUGGGAGCAUGAUCCCCUACCACAAAAACCUUACCUUGAAAGGAUAUCGAGCUCUUAUUUUCAGCGGCGAUCAUGAUAUGUGUGUUCCAUUCACUGGGAGCGAAGCUUGGGUUAGAUCACUUGGAUACAAGGUCGUCGAUGAAUGGAGGCCAUGGACGUCGAACGAACAAGUUGUCGGGUACUUGCGAAGCUACGAGAACAACCUAAUCUUUCUUACCAUUAAGGGAUCUGGACAUACUGUACCUGAAUACAAACCACGUGAAGCUUUAGAUUUUUACAGUCGAUUUUUGGGUGGAGAAGCAAUAUGAUAAGAGGUAGAGAUUGUUGCAGUUGAAUCCUACUACGUUGAAAAUGAUAAAUAAUGGCAACACAAUAUUAUUAGUGCUUGCUAUAUGCAUUAUCCUAUGUAGCUACUACCUAUGCACUUUCAAUGAAGCUAUGUUAGAGCUAAGGUGAUCCUAUUUUUAU